AUGCGUUGCGAGGGUUUCCUUCACGGGGGAAGGAGGAGAGACGAUAAAGAUGCAGAUCUUCGUGAAAACCCUUACGGGGAAGACCAUCACCCUCGAGGUCGAGAGCAGCGACACCAUCGACAAUGUGAAGGCCAAGAUCCAGGACAAGGAAGGGAUUCCGCCGGACCAGCAGCGACUGAUCUUUGCUGGGAAGCAGCUCGAGGACGGACGGACCCUCGCCGACUACAACAUCCAGAAAGAGUCGACGCUUCAUCUGGUGCUGAGGUUGAGGGGCGGCAUCAUCGAGCCUUCUCUGAUGGCUCUCGCCAGGAAAUAUAACCAGGAAAAGAUGAUCUGCAGGAAAUGUUAUGCGAGAUUGCACCCAAGGGCCGUUAAUUGCCGCAAAAAGAAGUGUGGUCACAGCAACCAGCUGAGGCCUAAGAAGAAGAUCAAGUAGGCGUGUGUUUCUCGGACUGCAGGUGCAAAUACCAAGUAUGCAACUUGACCUAUUAGAUAUGGUCUGCUAAAAUAAAUGUUAGUUUGAUAUCAGACUUAAUUAUGUUUGUGAACCGCAAUCAAGCAGAGAACAUGUUCACCGGAUGGUUUUACACAACAUCUUUAGUUUCUACCGAUUGCUGGUAUUUCUAA